AUGGCGCCGAACCUGAAAUCAGUCGUUUCCAAAAACAUUCGCGACCAUACCACAAGAACAGUACUCAGAAAAGCCCUAGAAGAAAGAGAUGGAAAGAUCUUGGACCAAUCACCAGAGACUGCGGCUAUGAUCCGUGAUUGGGAGAGUUUCGGCGAGAAAAGGGGAAGACAAAGUCUCGAGACUGUCGAUAAGGCCAUACAAGAAAAGAAACCAGAUGUUGAUAGUAUGACGGAUGAAGAGCUGAGUCGAAUCAGCAUCCGUAUUUCUUCCGUUGAGGAAGAAUCUGGAGACCAGUCGGAUGAGAAAGUCAAGGACGAAGAGACGGCCAAGUUUGAUCAGUAUAAGCAUCAUCAGUUUAUACAAAGAUGGGGGUUGUUUCAAGACUCUGAUGGCCGUGAUGAGGAGUGGUUUAUUCCUGAUCCUCCUGUUCUUGAACAGACGGAUGCUGAAUAUUUGUGCGAUAUGUGUCGACACAUUGAUUUCAGAGUGCUUCUAUCUCAACGAGGUCUACCGGGAAAUCAAUUACCAGGACAGUCCCGCAUCUCUGUGUAUGGCAUUCCCAAGGUCAUGGAUGAGGAUAGCCAUUGUUCCUUCUGCAGAUUGAUCCGGAAGACGGUUAUUCAGGAUGGGAUACUCGCGGAUGUUCAUCCUGAUGAUUGGCCAGGGAUGCAGUUGAGUAUCAGCACCUUGGACGACGGGCCGGAGUUUGCUCUAAGGCUGGAAGUAGAAUUCUCGGAUCUUGACCAUUCAAAGGUUUCAAGAUUUGUGAUACAUCCAGUGCAGAGCGAGAGGAGUCAGUCAAAGCCUCUUCAGGGUCUCGUGGUUCAAAAUGAUGCUGCUGAUAUACUUCGCCUUCGACAGUGGCUUCAGGCGUGCAACAAGGAUCAUAAAUCAGCAGAAACUGAUUCUACUGAAUAUCUAAAACCUCUCAUGGGCACGCUACGAGUUAUCGACACCGUCGAUAAUUGUGUGAAGGAGGUCGAUACACCAUGUGACUACAUCUGCCUUUCUUAUGUCUGGGGGACUGGAAGUCAGACACAGUAUACUACCCAAACAAAAGACCAGCUUAGCAGACCUGGAGGUCUAGGUAACAGCGUCGAACUUCCGCAAACUAUUAUUGAUGCUAUCAAGGUCACGAGAGAGCUCGGUAUCCGCUAUAUUUGGAUCGAUGCUUUAUGCAUCACGCAAGAUGACAAGGACGAUAAAGCUAGGAUUAUUACAAACAUGGGGACUAUCUACGCCAAUGCUAUGCUUUCAAUCAUGGCUUCUUCCAACGUCAAUCCCACCGACGGACUACCAGGCGUUAGAGUUCUUCGAUCAAAAGAGCAAAGCAUAGAACAGCUCCAGGGACUCACUCUUGCCGUCGCAUUCCAAGAUGCCAGACAAAGAUAUUUCGAUAUCGAAGAUAACCUAUGGAACACUAGAGCGUGGACCUUCCAAGAACGAGUCCUCUCAAGACGAUCAGUUUACUUUACCGACGCUCAGAUGUGCUUUGUUUGUCCCCAUGGAGCCUGCUUCGAAGACACUGUUCCUGUCUCUGACCCAAUUUCAUACACGAUCACGCCUUUCAAUGACCAUCUCCAACUGACAUCUCGAGUCCACAACCUAUGGAUGCGUAUAUGGUCAGACCCAACCCAGGCCGCGUAUAUCAACAAAGCUUUCGCAACAGAAGAUGACAUGACGAUUUUUAUCGGCGAAGAUCCAACUACCAGCGAAGCUUCAGAGGAUGGUGCUCCGUUAUACAAAUCAAAGGCUAUCCCGAGCUCAGAUACAAUCGACGCACCUCUUAUCAAGGGGUAUACACUCUGGGAAGCGUACGCUCACGCUGUCGAUGCUUAUACAAAGAGAAACAUGACGUGGCAAUCCGACGCCGUGAAUGCCUUUAUCGGUAUUGCAGACCUUAUCCGCUGCGGCACAAAUACCAAGUUCUGGCACGCCAUGCCGGAAUUUGCUCUCACAAGAUCUCUCUUAUGGUAUCCCAGAGAACCCCUUUCUCGAAGACGAUCACCAGAUGGAAAGAUUUUGUUUCCCAGUUGGACAUGGGCAGCUUGGCAAGGGCACGUUACAUACCGUGGCAGAGGUUUCCAUAACGCUGUGUGCUAUGCCCCGGUCAGCAUGAUAAUGUGGCUUAAAUCAGCUACUGUCGACGAAUUCAUGGAGACGUUUGUGCAAGUGGAGAGAACGCAAGAGGAAAUUGACGAGAAGAGACGUCAAGCUGAGAAUUCGCGUCUAUUGCUGCACAAGACUGAUCUUUGGUCGCUUUUGCAUAUUGACUGCUACGAGCAUGGAUGGGCGGUUGAGCACAAUGAGGACCGAAAUGAACAUCUCUUUAUGCAUGAGGCGUAUCCGGGCAUGAAAUUUGAGUUUCCGAUUAAUCUUCCUGACGAGCCUAUCGUGGAGUUGCCCUUCGAAGAUACCUUGUACUUUCGUGCCAAAGCGGUGUCGGUUCGACUAUGCGAGAAGCCCUCUGAGUCGUAUUUGUCGUCACCUAUACAGGACAACUUCAUCCAGAUAGGAGUCAACGAUGAAGACAGGUCAGCCAGUAACCGUCGACCGUGGCAGCGUAUCCUCUACCAUCAAGGCUAUCGCGCUGGGAGCUUGAGUCUCAACGUUUCGCUUGAACAGCUCAACAUCCCUUCGACGGCUGAAGAAGUCCAGGAUUCUCCAGUAAAGUACAUCCUCGUGGCCAUAUCUCGCGACAGUCUCUCAUACGUUGCACCUCCACCCAUCGGGUGGGAGAUGUACUGGGAUGGUGAUCCGAUGAGAAUGCAGUAUGAAAUUCUCCAAGAAGAGUGGCUGCAAAGAAGACGCUUGCCUGAUACACCUGAUGAGAGCGUGAAGCCAAGUACUGAGAAGAUUAAUGAGACUGGUGAUCCGCGAUGGGAUAUGGGUCGGUUUGGAACCACCAGUGUGCUGGAUGUUUGUAAUGUGCUCUUGCUCAGAGAAACGAGGGAUGGGAUAUCGGAGAGAGUUGGCGUUGGGAAGAUCAAUUACUCGGCUUUCUUUGCUGCGAAGCCUGAGCCUGAUGUGUUCUAUUUGAGAUAA